AUGCCUAUCUUCCGGCUGAAGACGGUUUUCCCGCUGAUUGCCCUUCUCUCGAUUGGUAUCUUCUUCUGGUGCAUAGAACGAUAUGAUCAACAUGCUUUCCUUCGGUUCAAACACCCCAUUGACCGAGUCAAUCUCGGAGAGCAUCAUCCUUUAGAUACUGCUGCACAGCCAGGAGGGCAACCCGAUUCAAGCACUACCUGCCAGGUUGAUCCUAAGUUGGCGGCUCCUCUUCCCUUCUCCGAAUGGCUUCCCCGCAAGAACUACACCCGUGCCUACCUACGCCCUCGUAUUGUAGGUCCUCGCACCGAAUUCCGCACCCUCGAGGAGAUUGAGAGGCCCGUGCUUCCCCCGAUGGUCCAAAUGGAACGUGGAAUGGUUGUCUCUCCCGAGAACAAGGCAGAGAACUUCGUUUGCCCGGAAAUUAUUGAUGUGGACGUUGCUGCUGAUGACGAUGUCGACGAAACCUCCAAGCUUCUCUUCGGUUUGGCCACCACGGUCGACCGUCUUGACCGCCUACUUCCCUCUUUGCUCUACACCUACGGUAAUACCAAGGCCGGUUUGAUCGUGUUGGUUCCCGAGUCCGACGACGACCUGGAGAAGCAAGAAACUUAUUUCCGCAACCGUGGUCUGGAUUUGACUCUUAAGGCCUCGCCCUUGGACUUUACUGCUCGUUACUUCGGUAUGGUGGAGGCCUUCUCGGAGCACAUUCGCAAGCACCGCCCCCACACCACCUGGGUUGGAUUCAGUGAUGACGACACCUUUUUCCUGUCGCUCCCUACAGUCGCCGAGGAAUUGAAGUUGUUCGACGAGAAGAAGAAGCAUUAUAUCGGAUCCUUGUCCGAGGCUAGCUGGCAAGUUGAUACCUUCGGCCACAUCGCCUUCGGUGGUGCCGGUGUUUUUGUCUCCAAGCCUUUGUUGGAUGUGCUCUAUAAGUACUACGAAGAGUGUCAGUCCUGGGGCGAGCAGCCCGGUGAUCAGAAGUUGGGCCAGUGUAUCCAACGCUUUGGUGACACUCCCUUGACCCUCUGGCCAUCACUCUACCAGAUGGAUAUGACGGAGCCUGUUGAUGGUGUCUACGAGUCCGGUCGCAAGAUCGAGUCCAUGCACCACUGGAACAGCUGGUACAGCAAAGAUGUCGUUAAGAUGACCGCUGUUUCUGCUGCUGCUGGUCGCAAGUCUGUGCUCCGCCGUUGGGUCUUCGAUCAGGAGGAAACAGUGAACAACUCCACUGGCGAGACCCUCCGCCACUUCUGGGUUCUGACCAACGGCUACUCCCUCGUUAAAUACACCUACGACGAGACUGCUCCAGAUGAUGUGAUCGACUUUGAUGCGGUCGAGAAGACUUGGCCCGAAGACCCCCGUGGCUUUGAAGACCGUCUCGGACCUCUUCGUCCCGCCGAGGAUCAAGGUGUCACCAAGGAUCGUUGGUUGAUGCACGAUGCGUUCGUUGUUGGUGACGCCGUUCAUCAGUUCUACGUGCGCGAAGAAGAUGAGGGCCACAGUGUGAUUGAGAUUGUCUGGCUCGGCCCCAAGGGCGGCGGUGGCGGUGGCAUCAGUGACCACUAUAUUAAGGGCACAUACCAGCAAUAA